AUGCUGAUCACGUUUAAGACAAUAUCACAGGUCACUUUUCAGAUCGAGGUGGAUCCUUCUGUGACGAUUUUGGACGACGCGCAAACUGUGGAAGAGGUGAAAAUAGACGCGGCGAAAUUUGUGGUGGUCAUGGUGGCGAGAAAGAAAGCGCCUCCAGCUGCAGCCUCAAAGCCUGAGCCGCAAGCAGCCGCACCGCCU